AUGCGUGAUGGCGUCAGGCUGAAGGAUGGAACAUGGGCCGAGGGGGAGUGCCGUUUUGAGGCCCUCUCUACCCUCCGUCGUUUGAGGCUGACCUCGCCAGAGUUAUCAGACGCAGGUGACAGGCUUGUCAUUCUGCUCCUGACCGCAACUUGUGACGUGCGCGAGAAUUGGUGGAAGGGUGUGGUAUCUGGGUACUUGAUUUGGUACAAUGGUAGGGCAGAGACGACGGUGCGCAAAAUAGCAGCGACCAGACGAGCUAUUGACCUCCCGUUCGGAUACCUUAGCAUGCUCAAUUACCUUACGGACAAUGGUGUGGGAGCGAUAGCGAUGGAGAGGCUGCGUAAGACCGAGGAGAGUGGGGGAAAAGAUUGGGUGGAAGACCCCUUCCGCGCGAACCGCCCAUGCCCGCCAAUAUCUGGCCGACGCCAAGUGGAAAGCAGCAAGUCAGCCAAGUUAGCUGGGUCUCGGCGCUGUAGGGAUGGUCCUAUCAAAAGUCACCUUGCUGAGUUCUGGAUACAUCGGCCGGAUGGAACCCUCAACCUCCCCCAUUUGCGACACGAUCAUUCCCAUAACCCUCCCUUGAGCGCAACUACAUGCGAUUCCAAUAUUUCAGAUUAUAUCGGUAGUGGUACCAGUAGCCCUGGAGUGAGCCCCGGGCUCGACCAGCGCCUGGCCGAAUUUGAUGCAUUGCGAUCCGCCGACGACGACUACUUCAAACACGAUUACGACGACGAAGACGACAAAAUGGACAGCCAACGUCCCCCCCUCCUCCGAAACCACAACUCCCGCUCCGGCCAACCUCUUCUGAACGCAAAGGACGACGAAGAUGAUGACCACCGCGGCAGGAGCUAUUCUACACGCUCACGAGGAGCCAGCCCCUUGCUGACCCCGAGUCGACCGGCCUUCUCUCGAGGUUCGACUAUGCGAGCCCACUCUCCCUCGACAAUCACAGCGAAUGCUCGAAGGAAGUACAUCAUCGCGGCCUUCGUCCUCCUUAUCAGUCUGGUCUCCUUUGUCAUCCAGACCGAACUGUCGGCCUACAUCCAACAGGAGCUGCACUGGGACAAGGCCUACUGCAUGCUCUACCUCACCCAUGGCUCCUGGGUGAUGCUCUGGCCUGUCCAGCUGCUGUUCCUGCGAAUCAAUAAGCGCAAAGUCGCGUGGUCAUCCUUCUGGCGAAGACACACCGAGCUGCUUCAUACGACCGCCAUCAUGGUCCAGAGACAGGACCUCGACUAUGCGCGACCCAGCCCACAGCCCCGCGUCUCUCCGUGGACCUAUAUUAUCAAGACGACGGCCUUCGUUACGUCUGCUUUGACAGUCGGUGGCUUGAGCUGGUAUGUCGCUGUCAACUUGACGACUCCCUCCGAUUUGACGGCCAUCUACAACUGCUCGGCUUUCUUCGCCUACGUCUUCUCUGUUCCGUUGCUCAAGGAGCCUCUGCGCCUGGACAAGUCUCUUGCUGUUAUCGUGGCCAUUGCUGGUGUCUUGAUCGUCGCAUACGGUGACACUAGCCCCGGCGAGGAUGACGCCGCUCACCAGCAGGCGGCCGGGAACCGUGUCACCGGCAACCUGAUCAUCGGUAUUGGGUCUGUCCUCUACGGCCUCUACGAGGUGCUUUACAAGCGAUAUGCUUGCCCACCUGAAGGCUGUAGCCCUAACCGCGGCAUGAUCUUCGCCAACACGUUCGGAUCAUGUAUCGGUCUCUUCACGCUUACGGUGCUGUGGAUUCCGCUUCCCAUUCUGCACUGGACCGGCAUCGAGAAGUUUGACCUACCAACGGGAUACACGGCUUGGAUGCUUUUCUGCAGUGUUGUCAUGAAUGCAACGUUUGCCGGCAGCUUCCUCGUCUUGAUCAGUCUGACGAGCCCUGUCUUGUCCAGUGUCGCCAGCCUCUUGACAAUCUUCAUCGUUGCCAUUACAGACUGGCUGCGCACUGGCGAGCCUCUCAGUGCUGCAGCUCUCAUCGGCGGUUUCAUGAUAAUGAUCGCAUUCGGCAUGUUGAGCUGGAGUACAUGGCGAGAGAUGACCGAGGCCGAAGCGCACAAGGCAGUCGACCUCACCGAUAGCGGCGAUGAUAGUGAAAGGGAGCGUGAGGACUAG